AUGAACGUCCUCGUCGCCGUCCUCGCAAUCAAUCCCUAUCUCCCAUCUUCAACGACCAUGCGACGUGUAGCGCUGCUCCUACUUCUCCUCCAUGCCGCCAGCGCACAGUACGGGUACGGCCCGUACCCUGGGACCACCACCACCGGGACCGGGACUGCCUCCAAGCCGAUGGCCACGGCCGCGGCUGCCGGAGGGGGCGAAGGCAUUGAAUACGGUUUCAGGAUCUCGCCAAAGUCGGCCGUCGUUGCGCAUGUCGUGUGCGGCGCCCUCGCCACAAUGCUCCUUCUCCCCGUGGGGAUCAUGGCCGCCCGCGCUCCCCGCGCAUUCACCUCCAAGCGCUGGUGGUUCCCUCUCCAUGCAGGCACGCAGGUUCUCGCCGCGGUAUUCGUCCUCGCUGCUUUCGGUAUUGCGUGGGGACGCUUCGUGUUCCAUCCGGUCAACACGCCACACCGCAAAGCGGCAGUCUCCUUCUUCUCCAUCAUCUUCGUGCAGGCCGCCCUGGGCAUCAUGGUCCACUUCCUCCGAGGGGAGUCCAAGUCGGGCCGCGGCAUAAUCAACUACAUCCACUGGGCGUUCGGCCUGUGUGUAGUAGGCGUUGGCUGGGCCGUUGCCUGGCUCGGUUUAACCAACGAAUGGCAGUAUCGCGGACACGGCAAGCCGUCGUACGGUUACCGCGUCGCCUGGGGCGUGAUCAUUGGUUUCUGGAUCCUGGUGUACGCCGUGGGUCUCACCCUCCUUCCUCGCCAGCUCAAGCGUGAGCGCACUGAAGCCGACCGCGCGGCCGCGGGACACGAUACCGAGACAGACGUCGCCCCGCUCCACCCCCCCGGGAGGAAGAGUGGCUGA